GGCAGGAGGCCGGCUUUCUCCCUCGCCCUUAUCCCUUUUUUUAUCGCCGAAACAGCAAUAAGCACACAUCUCUUCUCCACCUCUAUUCUCUCUUCCUGCCACUUUCUCCCAUUAAUGCAGUAAUGCUCUCUCCCUCUCUCCCUCUUCCUCUCAUUGAGCUAUUUUUUUUUUCUUUUGCAAUAAUUAUCUCGGAAGUUGAAUAGAAAAUCAGCAGCUGCAGCAGCAACAACGACAACAACAGGAGUAGGAUGUCGUGUUUGCUGCCACAGUUCAAGUGCCAUCCCGAUACUUUCUCCAUCCAAUUCAGAACGCACCAGCACACUGUUAGUACCACCCAUUCACACCCACAAAACGGGCUCUAUCUCAGGCGAUGGGCUGUCAGGAAAAUUACUUCUCUAGCUCAUUUGCGAUCCAAUAUUUAGCUUGAUAGGCAAUGUGCUGUUAAAUAGUUAGAAAAAAGUAGAGAUCGUAUUGAUAUCCGCGCACAAUGCAUUUUAUCCACUGCAUCAUUUUCAACAUCAAUAGGAAGUACUACAGUGCUUAAUAUGGGAAAGCUGAGAUUACCUUCUUUAGAAACUGAUUCUGACCCAUUCACCGCAAACAAACCAUGGACAUAUAUGGGGGCAGUUGGUCCACCCACAGAGCAGGCAAAAUUUGAAGCAACAUUAGCAACAGAAACAUUUAUUACGAGCGAAGAGGCCAUGAUAGCUGCUGCUGCUGCUGAAGCUGUUACUCUUGCAAAAGCAGCCGUCAAGUUUGCAAAGGAUGCAGCCAUGCUGGUUAACAAUAACCACAGUGAAAAAGCAGAUACUAAGUCAUCAAUUUCUUUCGAAUCUGAUGUUUUACAUUUCAACUGGGUUCAGCCUGUGAAAACUGAUCGAGCUGCUAUAGUAGGAGAUCCCAAGGGACCUGAAACUGGACUGUUGGAAAACCAUUCACUGCAACAUGCCACAAAAGAGACUGAUGACUUGGAGCCAACAGAUGAGGAACUUGACCUUGUGCAAGAACAACCUUCCAAGAGUGCAGCUGUAAGAUCGAGGCGCCAAACAGAACGAAAGGCCAAAAGAGCCAAAGCAGCAGAGAAGGCUGCUGCUAGUUUUGUAUCUGUGAAGCCUGGUUCUACCAGCCGGAAAAAGCGUGUUUCUUUACAAGAUAUAGACUUCUCUGAUCCAUUGCGUUACUUGAGAGCAACUACCAGCACAUCUAGGCUUCUUACUGCAACUGAAGAACUGGAGUUGUCUGAAGGAAUACAGGACCUAUUGAAAUUGGAAAGGCUCCGUGAGGUGCUAGCCGAGCGAUGUGGCAGUGAGCCUGCCUUUGCACAAUGGGCUGCAGCUGCUGGAGUUGAUCAGAAAACCCUGAGGACGCGCUUAAACUAUGGAACUCUUUGCAAAGACAAAAUGAUUAAAAGUAACAUACGGCUUGUUAUAUCAAUUGCAAAGAAUUAUCAGGGGGCUGGGAUGAAUCUUGAAGAUCUUGUUCAGGAAGGAUGCCGAGGUCUUGUAAGAGGUGCAGAGAAGUUUGAUGCUUCAAAGGGUUUUAAGUUCUCAACCUAUGCUCACUGGUGGAUUAAACAGGCUGUUCGGAAGUCUCUUUCUGAUCAGUCCAGGACGAUUCGCUUACCUUUUCACAUGGUGGAGGCAACUUACAGAGUGAAGGAGGCUAGAAAACAAUUGUAUAGUGAAAACGGAAGACAACCCGAUGAUGAAGAAAUUGCAGAGGCAACAGGGCUGUCAAUGAAGAGGCUUACAGCUGUAUUAAUGACUCCUAAAGCUCCUAGAUCUCUGGAGCAGAAGAUUGGCAUCAACCAAAAUCUUAAACCUUCGGAAGUAAUUGCUGAUCCCGAUGCAGAAACAGCAGAAGAGCUUCUGAUGAAGCAAUUCAUGAAGCAGGACUUGGAGAAUGUAUUAGACACUCUCAAUCCAAGGGAGAAGCAAGUCAUCAGGUGGAGAUUUGGAAUGGAGGAUGGAAGGAUGAAGACAUUGCAAGAGAUAGGAGAGUCCAUGGGUGUUAGUAGAGAGAGAAUCAGGCAAAUUGAGUCGUGUGCAUUUCGUAAAUUGAAGAACAAAAAGAGAACCAAACAUUUGCAGCAGUAUUUGCUUCCAUAAGGCCCCAUCGGAUAUAGGAAUUAGAUUGAAGAACGGAGAUAAUUUAGUUAGAGGUCUGAAACGGCUUCCCUGCUUUAUGUCUAUGCUUAUAACUUAUUUUUUCAUCUUGCAGGACAGUAAUGUAACUUAUUUCAGAAAACUGGAAAAAGUUUAUGUAUAGACAAGCAUUUGAAAUUAAAGCAUUUUCCUC